UUCUCUAUAUUUGCAUUUAUAUUUGAGUCUCUAUGAAUGAGUUUCUUAAAUCGAGGAAACAUUGUUUGGAUACAAGAAGAACUUUUUCUUGCCUUUCCUUUGUUAAGGUUUUUAAACUAUGAUUAUUAGAAAGUAAUAACUUUGAAGACUAGAAUUAUUGCAGGAUGUAUUCCUUAAUAAAUACAGUCUUCACAGUUAUUAAUGUAGACUGAAGAGAAAUAAGGUGGAAGGUGAUUUAAACGAAGAAAAUCCUGUGCAGAAAGAGUUAUGGCUUAACAGAAAGUAAUGUGAUUUUGGAGCCAGACAAACCUGGAUUCAAAUAAUGGCUCAGGUGUAUCCUGCCUUGGACAAACUUCUCUCUGCUGGCUUCCUUCUUUGAAAAAUGGGGAUAAUACUGCUUAUGUCUCAGAGUCAUUUUCAAGAUUAAAUAAUAUAUAUAAAAUGCCAGGCAUAGUGCCUCACAGGCUAGAAAAUGGUGGUUCCCUACCCCUUUUGGUGAGAACUGGAACUUUAAAAAUCCGUUUUAUUUAUUUUAAUAUAAAAUGUUGUAGCCAAGUACUAAAUGAUGUAAAUAGCGCUCUCUCUUCAUGCGUGGUGAUCAGUGUUACUACUCCCUGCCUUCUGCCCUUUACUGAGUGAAUAUUUCUCUUAUGGUGACCAUCUGGUUGUAUCACUUUUAUGUUUUCUUUUCUCUUUGUCCUGUGUGAGCUCUUUAAGGACUGUGAUUGUUACCCUGUUUAUCUUUGUAUCCCCAGACUUACCUUAUUGUAGGAGCCCAGUGAAUGUUUGUGGAAUAGAUGAAUGAACAGUAUCAUCUCUCUGAAUAUUAAUUUCUUCACCUGUAAGGUAGCAGAUCAUAAAAGGCUCUCUCUUCUACCUCUAAAAUUCUAAGAUUCUGUGUGCUCUUAAUAAAUGAUCAUCUUGAAGAGCAAAGGAUAUUGAAUAGAUGAUGCAAUUACACACUUGCUCCUAAAUGUUCAUAUGCUUUUGUGUACAACUGCCUUUGAAUGUAGGUGACCUAAAGUACUUUGCAGAGUCAGGAGACCUGCCACUAACUGGCUGUGUUUCCCUGGGUGUAUUACUUGACCUUGCUGAUUCCUUCUCUCUCCCUCUUUAAAAUGAAAGAGUAGUAGUAGGUUUUUUUUAAGUCCUUUCAACUAUAAUUACUUUUAUGUUUACAUUAUAUUGUUUUCAUAUUCAUCUUAGAUUCUUAACAAUAAUCUUUAUGGUUUUAUGUGAGUCAGUCCCCAGGUAAAGAAAAUACCUAGUCAGCUAGCAGCCAUACCUGUUUGGUUGAUGGAAGGUCAUGGAGCUGUGGAAAGUGGCUCAGAAGGCAAUUUGGUCUGUAUUAAAGUAUAAUUAACUACUACAUUAAAAUAAUGUAAGACUUUAAACUGACCUAACUGUGAUUAGGACAGUGACUUAUGGAAAUUAGAUGGUCAUUAGUCAGUUAUAUUUCUUAGCUGUGUGACAUUUUAAAUGGUUGAAACUUUAUUUUUAGUAUAUGUAGUGGCUGCAUUCUUCAUUGAAAGGAAAAUAAAAUCAUAGAAGACGAGAACUACUAAAGAUUUUUUAUUCUCACCUUUAGUCAUUUCAUUAACAUUUUCAGAAGUUAACAGAAAUACACUUAUAGUGGCUGUUAGCUGUACAUAUUAUCUACAUGCAUUCCUUAGAUAAACCUUUUACACAAUUUAAUUUGAAAUUAAAAAUUGUUUCCUAGCAAAUACUAAAUAUGCUCUAUGAACAAGAAUGUGAGCAACUGAAAGGUAGGGUUUUAUUUUUCUAAUAUGUUGCAGGUGUACUUGAGUUUAUUAAGGUAGCCUAUUGAUGGAAUUCUGAGGUUUUCAAUCAAUUGUCAGAAUAGGGUUUUUUUUCCCAACCUAUUAUCUACAAAUUAGAUCUAGCGUAAGGGAAAAUGCAUUUGUAUAGGCAAUAGGUUUAUUAUGCCAAACUGAGAUGACUACCAGGGUGUUUUCCCCGGCUUUUGGGUAAGGCAUAGGUGAGCACACUUAUGUAACCAUGGCAUUGUCUCCUAUGUGAACCCGUGACCACACUGUUGCAUGGCAUGUUGCCACUAUGGUUCUGGUAAGGCAUGAGUGAGCACACUUAAGUAACCAUGUUGUUAUCUGCUAUGUGAACCCCUGUGACCACACUCUUGCGUGGCAUGUUGCCACUAUGGCUCUGAGCUAUAUAUAAGCACUCUCCACAUUCUCACUGCCAUGGCUUCACCCCGACAAUAAAGAGUGUGUCUCACCUGCCUGCUGCUGCUCCUCUCUUUUAAUUCCUGGAAGCUGCUUGGGUACCCUCACUGGCCCCAGAGAUUCCUCCCCACAAUUGGCAUAGUUGGCAGGACUCUGUAGGGAAAGUGUCCCCUCCGCCCCAGUAGGAGAGGAUAUGUGGUGUCUCAAGGGCUUGUGGCAGCCGGUGGCAGUGGUCCUCAUGUUGUGGGCCCUGCCACGGAGUGGGAGCAGGUGGCAUGUAUGCUUGCUGCCCUGGAAAAGGCCAUGUGGGCCUUGGAAUAGUCACUGCAAGCUAAAGAGCGAGCUCCGGCUGGCCAGGUGGGCUGGGUCUUCCUUCCAGCCCUCAGUGAACAGCAUGAAGAUACCCUGCAGCUUAAAGUCCUGGUAAGAGAAUUACAGGUGACAGAAGAGAAUUUGGAAGCCUACAGGCUUUAGAGAAGGAGUUAAUGAGGGCAUCAGCUGCGGACUCAGAUGAAACUAAAGCGUGUGCACGACUGAGAGCGGGACCCUCCCCUGCUGAGUGCCGGCCUGGCUGUGAAACAGAAUGGAGCAGGAGCAACUGUGGGACCACAGGGUUGCGCAGGGUGCACCCACAGUGGCGGGGUGUUCCUCAUGCUCCUCGUGCACACCAUGGAGCUGUGGGAGUUGGGGAUGCGCCAAGCCAUUUUUAUGAUAAUUAACUGACGGGGGACGAGGAAUGCUUCACUACUAAUCCUAGCCACAAUCCUGUCUGCCCCCACUUGUUUAGUUCACUGGCGCUGUGCUCACCCCCUAUGUGGGGGAAGCCAAAGGACCGAAAGGAGGAAACGGACAAGUCCAUAUACUACAAGGACCCAAAAAGAGCCCAUAAAGUCAGGGCCCCUGCAGAAGUCAGGACAAGGGGCCCAAAAGGUGUUGUGAACCCAGAUGUGGCUAGAUCUCAUACUAGCAGGAAUAAAGAGAAGGUAGACAGCCUAAUGCAGUAUUCCUGGCUUUGUGGAAUCAGCUGGCUCCCCACCAGCGAUAAAUGAAAGUACCCAAGAAGGAGAGAACUGAGACGCCUGUCGAGGAGACCUGUAAUGUGUGGCUGCAAGAUUUUAUGGUUGAAGCCUCCCUCUUUUAUAUGGAUUAAGGGUUAGGCCAAGGCACCCGUUAGAGGGGACCCCAGAGGACCAGAGGCUAUACGUGGAACUUGCUAUUCAUUGGUCCCCUACAAAUGUGCAGCGGGUUUUGGCCUUGGUGGACAUGGGCACUGACUGUUCUCUGAUCUAUGGAAACCCUGAGCAGUUUGCUAGACAGACAGCCUUCACAGAUGGCUAUGGUGGACAAACUGUUAUAGUUAAGCAAGUGACUAUUCCACUGGGGAUAGAGUGUUUGGCCACCCAUUGCUGUGUAUGUGUCCCUGGUGAAGGGAUAUAUUCUGGGUGUUGGCAUUUUGCAUGGCUUAACCCUAACCACCUCUGUGGGUGAGUUCUGUCUCCAAGUUAGGGUUGUGAAGCCAGUGGUACGUGGCCACGCCCAUCACCAACCACAGGUUUUGCCCACGCCUCGUCGUGUGGCAUGCACCUGAUAGUAUCAUUUGCCCAGGGGGCAUGAAGAAUUUCACAGACCAUGUUGCAGUUGGAAGAGGCCGGUAAAGUGCACCCUGCUCACAGUCCAUUCAACUCUCCUGUUUGGCCAGUUAAGAAACGGGAUGGAUCUUGGAGAAUGACAGUGGACUAUUGAGAACGGAAUAAAGUGACUCCCCCAUUGCAUGCAGCGGUGCCAUCCAUACUGGAUCUGAUGGAUCAAUUGACUUUGGUGCUUGGGCAGCACCACGACAUGGAGCUGGCCAACGCCUUUUUCUCCAUAGCUAUGGGCAGUCAAGACAAGCUUGCCUUCACAUGGGAAGGAUGUCAGUGGAUAUUUGUGGUGUUACCACAAGGUCACCUCCACAGCCCAUACAUGUCAUGUUUUGGUGGCACAGGACUUGGUCACAUGGAGUCAGCCAUCCUCAGUGUUAUUUGUUUCAUUAUAUUGAUGAUAUAAUGGUAACCUCUGGUUCCCUUACAGAUCUAGAAGAAGCCACUACCAGCUUUUGAACCUCGUUGGAACAAUGGGGUUAGGUGGUAAACGACUCCAAGGUCCAGGGACCUGGCUUGUCAGUCAAAUUCUUGGGUGUUGUCUGGUUGGGUAAGAUGAAAGCAGUCUCCAAGGCCAUUAUAGAUAAGAGUCAAGCCUUCCUCUGACCCACUAUGGUGAAACAGUUAAAAGUGUUUGUAGGGCUCUUGGGGUACUGGCGUAUAUUCAUUCCCCACUUGGCCCAAUUGUUACAGCCUUUGCAUGCAUUAUGUAAGAAGGGGACGGAGUGGGACUUGUCCCCUGAAGCAGAAGCCGCUUUUAUGGCAGCCAAGAGGGCUGUCAUGGAAGCCCAGAUGCUACAAGUGGUUGACCACUCACAGCUGUUUGGCCUCGAUUUGACAGUCGACUCAAGCUGGAUGGGCUGGGGUCUGUGGCAGUGCCAGCAUAAGCAGCGGGUCGCUAUCAGGUUUUUCUCCCAGACUUGGAAGGGCCCCAAGAGCACUAUUACUUGGUGGAAAAGCGGCAGGCAGCUCUGUAUGCUGCCCUUCAGGCCUGUGAGCCAUAGCUGGGCAGUCUAAAGUGCUAGUUACACCACGUAUCCCAUAGCAGGAUGGGUGAGGUCAUGGAUAACCAGACCACGAUCAGGGUAAGCCCAGAUGCCCACUCUGGUGAAGUGGGAGCUUACUUGGAGCAAUGAGCAGAGUUCAGCGCCAGCCCUUUGAUUGCAGAGUUGCAGACAGUACUGCGUCCUCUUGAAUUUGUGUCUGAUGCUGACCCUCAGACCACCGUAAUACCUAGGGAAGAGGGCCCGUACCUUGAAGGAUGGGGUCCCCCUCUAGUGGAGGCAUGGCAUGCCGACGGGUCCGAUUGUGGCCCCUCAGCCCAGUGGAUGGCAGUGGCUAUACGGUUUGAUCAUGAUGAAAUUUGGUUUGAAGCAGGACAGGAGUAGAGCAGCCAGUGGGCUGAAUUGUGUGCCGUGUGGAUUGUGGCUGUGCGCGAGCUGUUGCCUUUGUCUGCACUGAUAACUCACCAUGUCUAAGAGCUUCAUUGUCUGGUUACUUACAUAGAAAGCCCAAAGUUGGCUAGUAGGGUACUGCCCAUUAUGGGUGGCGUUAUCUUCCUGCCUGUUGGAUGGGAAGGUGCACUUGGGGAUGGCCAUAUAUCCCAGGGAAGGUCCUCCCACCUUCACCGAGAAACCACGUAAUUGUAAUGCCGUGUUUUCUGCUGGCAUUGGGUGAAACAAACUCCAUGGUGGUUCUACCUGGUAGCCAUCUUUUUCCCUGGUUUUGGAGCCAUUAAGGUAGAGAUAGAAGUGAAUGCUCUAGCUGAGCAUACUGCUCAGGCCCUGAAUCAAACCAGGCAGGCCUUGACUCUUUGCAUGGAUGAGGUCCCCCAGAUGAGAGAGGCGAUUUUGUAAAACCACAUGACCCUUGAUCUCCUUACUGCAGCCCAAAGGGGCACAUGAGCAGUCCUACAUACUGAAUGUCGUGUAUAUAUGCCCAAUUACCAGGCAGGUGUCUCCGCUGCAUUAAAGGAAGUUGAUGGCAAGGUACAGGCCAUCCAACAGUUAACUGGAGACCCAGUGCAGUAGUGGUGGGGGUGCCUCUCGUCAUCCUGGUGUUGAACACUUUCAGUGCUGGGAGCUGCCUGCUGUAGUCUGAUGACACUGUGUUGCUCCCUGUGCUGUUGUGGACUUUGGGCCCAAGGGGCCUCCCUAUGGUUCUGAGUGUUGGCAGUGAACCCUGUUGCCCAUGGGUGGAAUGCACGGGAAAUCCAUUGUGUGGCCAAUAGGGUUCUUAGGCCAAACUCAAAUGACUGCCAGCAUUUUCCCAGCCUGGCCUUCCAGUAAGGCAUGAGUCAGCACGCUCAUGUUACCAUGGUGUUAUCGCCUAUGUGAACCCAUAUGCUCGUGCUUUCACUCUGGUUCUGAGCCAUACAUAAGAACUCGCCAUGUUUGCGCUGCUCGCAGCUUCACCCCAACAAUGAAGAGAUUAUCUGAACCAUCCUUUAUUGCAAAACAUGAAGAUAGUUUGUUUAAGGAUUUAUUUCAAGACUACGAAAGAUGGGUUCGUCCUGUGGAACACCUGAAUGACAAAAUAAAAAUAAAGUUUGGCCUUGCAAUAUCUCAAUUAGUGGAUGUGGAUGAGAAAAAUCAGCUAAUAACAACAAAUGUCUGGUUGAAACAGGAAUGGGUAGAUGUAAAAUUAAGAUGGAACCCUAAUGACUACGGUGGAAUAAAAGUUAUACGUGUCCCCUCAGACUCUGUGUGGACACCAGACAUCGUUUUGUUUGAUAAUGCAGAUGGACGCUUUGAAGGGACCAGGACGAAAACAGUCAUCAGGUACAAUGGCACUGUCACAUGGACUCCACCGGCAAACUAUAAAAGUUCCUGUACCAUAGAUGUCACAUUUUUCCCAUUUGAUCUCCAAAACUGUUCCAUGAAAUUUGGAUCUUGGACUUAUGAUGGCUCACAGGUUGAUAUAAUUCUAGAGGACCAAGAUGUAGACAAGAGAGACUUUUUUGAUAAUGGAGAAUGGGAAAUUGUGAGCGCAACGGGCAGCAAAGGAAACAGAACCGACAGCUGUUGCUGGUACCCGUGUGUCACCUACUCAUUUGUGAUUAAGCGUCUGCCUCUCUUUUACACUUUGUUCCUUAUUAUACCCUGUAUCGGGCUCUCAUUUUUAACUGUACUCGUCUUCUAUCUUCCUUCAAAUGAAGGUGAAAAGAUUUGUCUCUGCACUUCAGUACUUGUCUCUUUGACUGUCUUCCUUCUGGUUAUUGAAGAGAUCAUACCUUCCUCUUCAAAAGUCAUACCUCUGAUUGGAGAGUAUCUGGUGUUUACCAUGAUUUUUGUGACUCUAUCAAUUAUGGUAACUGUCUUCGUUAUCAACAUUCACCAUCGUUCUUCCUCAACACAUAAUGCUAUGGCUCCUUGGGUGCGCAAGAUAUUUCUUCACAAGCUUCCCAAACUGCUCUGCAUGAGAAGUCACGUAGAUAGGUACUUCACUCAGAAAGAGGAAACUGAGAGUGGAAGUGGACCAAAGUUUUCUAGAAACACAUUGGAAGCUGCGCUUGACUCUGUUCGCUACAUCAUAAGACACAUCAGGAAGGAGAGUGAUGCCCGCGAGGUUGUUGAAGAUUGGAAAUUCAUAGCCCAGGUUCUCGAUCGGAUGUUUCUGUGGACUUUUCUUUUGGUUUCAAUUGUUGGAUCUCUUGGGCUUUUUGUUCCUGUUAUUUAUAAAUGGGCAAAUAUAAUAAUACCAGUCCAUAUUGGAAAUGCAAAUAAGUGAGACUUCCCAAGGGGCUGGAGUAUGAAUUCAGUUACCCAACACACACAUUAUCUUAUGAAACCUAUAGAAUUAUGAAAAUGUAAAUAGUGUUUGAAAUUUGCUACAAGCUUUAACAGCGUAACAGUUUAUCUUAACUGAUCACCCAUGAGAACAUCUGACUGUAUGACUGAAAUAAUAACUGACAGAAUAACAUUUGAUCUCCUAAAAACAGCAGCAAAAUUAUCCAAACUGUACUAGUGAAACCUCUCAUAUUUGGAUCCUGGCAAGUAAUACUAAUUUGUAAUUGACAGUGAAGUUCACCUUUUGACUAUGGUGGAAAAUUCCAACUGUAUUUGAAGACUGAUUUUAAAACUUUUUAUGCAGUUGGUAAAGGUAUACAUUUUUAAACUCUGUCCUAUGUUCACUGAGUAACAGAUAAAGUACACUGUAUCUUUAGUAUAACAUAUUGCUACAUUAAAUAAGCUGACUACUCAAUGUAACAAUGACUUAAUGCAAUGCUGCUUUUCUAUAACCAGCAUUUGUAAUAAAUGAAAAACUGGAA